CGCACAUCUCUAGUACUUAUUGGUGCCUCCAAUUUUUUUUCGCAACGGAUGAGUGGUCGACGUGUUGACACACCGCGUUUCCCUCGCGCGUUAAUAUGCGCUAGAAUUUUCUCUAUUGUGCUUUGUUUCGGCGUGGGAAACGUGACGGACAAAAGAACGCGCGACAACCAUGCUGGACCUCUUCGCACCUAUCAAGUGCCUUCUACGGGAAGAAUCCGUCUGCAUUGACAAUGUGAUUUUCAGGUUACAUUCGCGUGUAACCGUCCUUCUAUUGGUCGUUUGCACCAUCCUCGUGACCGCCAAGCAGUACAUCGGCGAGCCAAUCUCUUGCAUGACCGAUGGCACCAUCGACAAGGAUUCCGUGAAUGCGUACUGUUGGAUCUACAGCACGUUCACAGUGUCUCGACAUCUGAACGGCGUUCCUGGCCAGAGUGUCGCGAGUGCUGGCGUAGGACAGGCUCUCCCCGAUGAUGAAGCCCGUCAUCAUCGAUAUUAUCAGUGGGUCUGCUUCGUCCUCGGCUUGCAGGCGAUCCUGUUUUAUGUGCCGCGCGCGUUAUGGGGCGUCUGGGAGAGAGGCACCGUGGGCUCGCUCUCGCGAGACCUCGCGUCCCCGUUCCUGCGAGACGUCUGGACCGCGGAGAGGAAGCAGCAGCUUGUGGACUACUUCACCAGGACGCAUCUGCACGGUCACAAUUUCUACGCUCUCCGUUUCCUCGCAUGCGAACUGCUGAACUUCUUAAAUUCGGUGAGUGCGACUCUCCCUCCCUUCUCCUCCCACCCCCCACCCAUCUCUUUCGCGAGCGACAAAAUGACUCGCGAGGAGGAUCCUUCCGAGAGGAUCAGCGCGGCCGCUGUUAAUACUUACAGUCAGUCAGCCGAGAUUGUGACGUCCGAGGCGAAGAAAUUGCCCGGAAAUAAACAUGCGCUGGGCGAGAUCGCUAAUCUCGGCGCGGCUUUUUAUCGUGCGAGACAGAUGGGGCAGAUAUAUCUGCUGGACGUGUUCCUGGAGGGGCAAUUCAGGCGAUACGGGCCCUUAGUGAGCGCGUUCGCCCUGGAGGAGAACCCUUACGACCGGGUCGACCCGAUGGCGCGGCUGUUCCCGAAGAUGACCAAGUGCACGAUUCACAGCUUCGGGCCGGCGGGCUCCGUGCAGACCCACGACGCGCUCUGCGUGUUGCCGUUGAACGUGGUGAAUGAGAAGAUCUUCGUCGUGCUGUGGUUCUGGCUGGUGUUCCUCGCGGCCGCCAGCCUCCUCGCAGUGGUGUACAGGAUCAUAGUCUUCUCGCAGUCCUGGACGAGGGUGUACCUGCUACGCGGUGCGGCUCGCGUCCUCCGAAGAUCUAAGGCCGAGCGUGUCGUACGGGUGUUCCACUUCGGCGAUUGGUUCCUGCUGCAGCAACUCGCAGAGAACGUCAAUCCGCUCGUGUACCAGGAGCUGGUUAACGAGAUAGCGAAAGCGUUCGCGACGAAGAGUUUCACGAACUUAGCCUAGAUCGUCUCGAUCUUGCCUAAGUAGUAUUACUCGGAACUCAAUUUACGGAACUCCGAAUGCUCCCGCAGAGCGCAAACACUCAACUGGGCACUCUCGGAUUGAACAUCCGGCUGUCAGGAAAGAAAGGGAAACAGGAAACAGAGAGAAGGAUCAGAUUCAUGUCGAGAAAGACCUGUA